CUCAAGCCGACCGCCGGAGCUGUGCAUGUGGAUGAGCUACUUCCUGUGCUACGAGGACGUCCCUGAGGAGCCUGCUGAGGGGGGCGAUGGAGAGGGUAAAGGGGAGACGGUUGCUAUAGGCAACGUGGUCAGGAUGUGGUCAAUCGGUCAGUGGGUCCAAACGCAGCCUGAACCUGUGACAGACGACAUCUACGAAUGGGUGCUGUGCUGGGUUCCACAGGCUUUUGUGUCUGGGAGGAGAGGAGCCCACUGCCUGCAGUGCUACUGACUGUCUACUGGGGGCGUUGUUCUCUCAACAGAGCCCAGUGGAAAGCCCCAGUCCUGAAACAACAUAAAGAGACAAGCCACUUUUCUAGAACUAUCUUUGACCAUAACAUGUUCCCAUUGAUUAAAGGAUUUAACAUUACUUAUUGUUAGUUUUACAUUGUGUUAUGUUCGGCUAAUGUUUUCAAAUCUAAGUAACUAUUGGGAAGGACAUUAAGGACUGAACACUGAAAUAGCUCUGGUUCCAACUAGCCAGUCAUCCAUGA